AUGACAAAUUGGGGUUAUCUCAUUUUCAGCCGAGCAGUUCGUAACGAUGCCAUGAAACACGACCCACCCGAAAUUUACGGGUGGCGAGUUAUACUGCUCGCUCUGUCUGCCAGUUUUGGUGCGAUGCUCUUCGGUAUGGACUCAUCUAUAAUCAGCGGCGUGAUAGUCCUUCCGGCCUUCAUCAGGCGAUUUGGACUAGACAAAGCGAAGAGCGCUGUCGCCCUAGCAAACUUACAGGCCAACAUUGUGUCAACUUUGCAAGCCGGCGCUUUCCUUGGAGCCAUACUGGCCGCCCCUCUAGCAGACAAUCUGGGCAGACGGACAUCGCUGCUUAUUGCGGGCUGUGUCGCAAUGAUAGGCAUCAUUAUACAAUUUAAUUCUUGGGGACACGUCGCUGUGCUAUAUGUUGGAAGAUUCGUUGCUGGUGUCGGCGUUGGUGCUUGCUCAAUGGUCACGCCUCUCUACAUAUCUGAAAAUGUCCCGCGCGCUGUGCGUGGCCUGCUUACGGGCAUAUAUCAGUUAUUCGUCGUACUUGGAGGUAUGCUCGCAUUUUGGAUCAACUACGGAGCAGACCUGCAUCUUCCAGGAGAUAGUGCGUGGGUCGUCCCCGUUGCUAUUCAAGGUCUGCCAGCCGCUUUGCUCCUUUUGAGCAUGUACCUCUGCAACGAAUCUCCACGAUAUUUGGCCAGGCAAGACAGAUGGGAAGAUGCCAAAGCGACCCUGGCAAAAGUCCGGAUGCUCCCAAUUGAUCACACAUACAUCGAAGCCGAAUUCCACGAUAUCAAGCUACAGCUUGAGCGAGAAGCCGCCUUGAUGGGAGGGGCAGGGUUCAAAGACCUUAUGCGGGAGAUGUGGAAAAUCCAAGGCAAUCGAAAGCGGACGUUGAUCACGAUCACGAUCAUGAUCUGCCAACAGAUGACUGGUGUCAAUGCAAUUGCCAUAUACGCGCCUCAAAUCUUUCAGAAUAUCGGGAUCCGAGGACACUCGACCGAACUUUUCGCCACUGGGAUUUACGGUAUCGUCAAAUUCGUCGCAUGUGCGGUCUUUCUUCUCUUUGUUGCCGAUACUCUCGGCCGUCGUAAAUCACUUCUUUGGACGUCCAUUGGCCAAGGCUGCUGCAUGCUAUUCAUUGGACUCUAUCUCAAAAUUCAACCUCCGUUGGCGGGCGAGCCGGUUCCACCUGUGGGCUACGUUGCACUGGUAUGCAUCUUCCUGUAUGCAAUAUUCUUCCAGUUUGGUUGGGGGCCUGUCUGUUGGAUUUAUAUUUCUGAGAUUCCAAGUGCACGCCUCCGCGCUCUGAGCGUCUCCAUCGCAGCCACGACUCAAUGGCUAUUCAACUUCGUGGUCUCUCGGGCUGUCCCUAACAUGCUUGCCACCGCCGGCUCACAUGGCUUCGGCACCUACAUCAUUUUUGGAUCUUUCUGUUUCGCCAUGUUUGUCUUCGUCUGGUUUUUUGUCCCCGAAACUAAAGGUCUGUCGCUCGAGGCUAUGGAUGAGCUUUUUGGUGUAGUCCCGCACGAUGCUUUCGCUCUCGAAAUGGAACAGGGUCUUAGAACAGAGUCAACAAUGCGGGAACCGCCACAGAAAGAAACUCCUGCAGCACUAGUUGAGUGCGUGGAAGACGCAGCCACAGGAGAUCAACGCGGGUCCAGCCUUCCCGUCUAA